ACCAAAUCAGUGUACCAAAAAAAGGUGUCCUACUCAUAUUCUCCUUUCUAUAAAUAAUAAUAAAACACGUUUUCAUAGUGGUCUAACAUCGACAAACUACCUGCCGCCGCGUUCGCCUCCACUCACCCACCCACCAUACUCCUUCAUUCAGCUCAGUAAUUGCAUUUCCACGACCUGAAGCUCCUUCUUUCGAGAUCGAGCUUCGGAGAAGUUGAAAAUCGCGUUAAAAUCCUUACGAGUUUGCGUUAUUUGCCGAAAUAACUAACUAACUAACUAACUUGGAACAAGCAAUUCAACAAACAUGUCGAGCGCGUUGCAAUGCUGUGGUGUUAAAGCAAAUCUCUGCUGUCAACAACCACCUCUGUCGUCGUCGUCGUUGUCUCGGCGAAUAGGGUUUGCAGCAUUUCCCGGUGCGGCGGCGGCGACGGCGAAAUUCAGCGUGACGUGCAAUGCUGCGAGGGCGACGAAUGACUUGCUCGAGAAGCACGUGACGGACGAUGGGAGCGUCGUCGGAGAGAGUGAAACGAGCUUCACUUGCGUGAUGAAGUUCGGUGGGUCCUCUGUGGCUUCUGCGGAGAGGAUGAAAGAGAUUGCAAGUCUUGUACUGAGCUUUCCUGAAGAGAGGCCUAUAGUUGUUCUCUCUGCAAUGGGGAAAACAACGAACAAGCUUUUGCUGGCUGGAGAGAAAGCUGUGAGUUGUGGUGUUUCUAAUGCUUCUACUAUUGACGAGCUUAGCUUUAUAAAAGACCUGCAUCUCAGGACUGUGGAUCAGCUUGGAUUGGACAGAUCUGUUAUUGCAAAGAAUCUAGAAGAAUUGGAGCAACUUCUGAAGGGGAUUGCUAUGAUGAGAGAGUUGACUAAGCGGACCCAAGACUAUUUAGUUUCCUUUGGUGAAUGCAUGUCUACCAGGAUCUUUGCUGCGUAUCUUAAUAAAACCGGUGUCAAGGCUCGCCAAUACGAUGCAUUUGAGAUUGGUUUUAUAACUACUGAUGAUUUCACAAAUGCGGAUAUUUUGGAAGCCACUUAUCCGGCGGUUGCAAAGAGAUUGCAUGGUGAUUGGCUCUCUGAUCCUGCAAUUCCAAUUGUUACAGGGUUCCUUGGAAAGGCCCGGAAAUCCUGUGCAGUGACAACGCUGGGUAGAGGUGGCAGUGAUUUAACAGCUACAACAAUUGGGAAAGCACUAGGGUUGCCUGAAAUCCAGGUAUGGAAGGAUGUUGAUGGUGUCCUAACCUGUGAUCCAAAUAUAUAUCCACAAGCAGAACCUGUCCCUCAUUUGACAUUUGAUGAGGCUGCUGAACUAGCUUACUUUGGUGCUCAGGUUCUGCAUCCGCAGUCUAUGAGACCUGCAAGGGAAAGUGAUAUUCCUGUUAGGGUUAAAAAUUCCUACAACCCCAAAGCUCCUGGUACACUCAUCUCCAAGUCAAGGGAUAUGAGCAAGGCAGUAUUAACCAGCAUUGUUUUGAAACGUAAUGUGACCAUGUUGGAUAUAGUAAGCACACGAAUGCUUGGUCAGUAUGGAUUCCUUGCUAAGGUGUUUUCAAUCUUUGAAGAUUUAGGCAUAUCAGUUGAUGUUGUCGCUACAAGUGAAGUCAGUGUUUCCUUGACAUUGGAUCCAUCAAAACUUUGGACCAGAGACCUAAUACAGCAGGCAAGUGAACUUGACCAUGUUGUUGAAGAAUUGGAGAAAAUUGCUGUGGUGAAUCUCCUACAAAAUAGAUCCAUCAUCUCUCUCAUUGGAAAUGUUCAGAGGUCAUCACUAAUAUUGGAGAAGGCAUUUCGUGUUCUUCGAUCCCUCGGUGUCACUGUUCAAAUGAUCUCUCAGGGUGCAUCUAAGGUGAACAUCUCAUUGGUUGUAAAUGAUAAUGAAGCAGAGCAAUGUGUCAGGGCUCUUCAUUCUGCCUUUUUUGAGAGUGAGCUCUCAGAGUUAGAGAAUGGGAAUGGUUCUGUCGCUGAAUUAUCUUAGGGACACUUGUGGACCCCAAAUUCUUUGUCCUAGAGAUAUAUUCCGAUCUUAAAUCCCAAAUUCAACCAACCUUGAACAAUUGAGAUGUAGCAGAGCCCAGUUAUUUUGCAGGAGGAUACGGUAGGAAUGAGGAAGCAUUAGUGUAUACUACUAGUCUUGGUAUUGCUAGAGACCUUUGUAUUCUUUUGUAGCUGCCUCUAAGGGGUUAACCAGCUGCAAACAAUCUAUCUACAUAUUUAUAAUAUAAUAAUUCUAAGCCUAUCAAAAGAAAA